AUGGCGUCCACGAACAACGACACCCAACCAUCUUCCGUGCGCCUGCCCGGUCGCCGCGAACGCGCGGGCAGCGCCGGCGCCACUGGCAACAAGCCGCCCGUCUGGGCCAUCGACAACACUGCCACGAACGAGGAGGCACCGCUGCCGUCCAAGUGCGCACGCCACCGUGAAGACCGCCACGGUGUGUGCUGCAAGGAGCUUAAGGGCGAGGACGAGCGUCAGCUCAUCGAUCCCGACGUUGUGCGCGACAUUGUUAUCGGCCUGUCAGAUGGAUUGACAGUUCCUUUCGCCCUUACCGCCGGCUUGUCCUCUUUGGGCGAGUCGAAACUGGUCGUACUUGGCGGUAUCGCUGAGCUCAUUGCCGGCGCGAUCUCCAUGGGCAUCGGCGGCUUCCUCGCAUCGCAAGCAGAACGCGACCACUACCGCUACCUGCGCCGCCAAACGAAAGCUCGCGUCCUGCGCAGCUGUGACGGAGAGAUGGAGCGUGAAGUUCACGCAGUCCUCGGUCCCGUCGGAGUGGAAGAAAAUGUUUCCCGCGCUGUGGCGCGCAACUUGCUGGAGGUCGAGAUUGGCGAGCAUACCGCGGGACUUGCCGGCCAGAGCAGCAGCUCGCAAAGCGACGCAGAGUCGAUGCAGUCGUUGCGGUGGAGCGAGGACGUCGGCGUCACUGCGUUCUUGCUCAAAUUUGGCGAGGGUCUCGAGGAAGUCCCGACGAAGCGGCUCUUCAUCAGCGCGUUCACCAUCGGCAUGGGGUACCUCCUCGGUGGUAUCAUCCCGCUCAUCCCCUACUUCUUCAUCGCUCGCGCGCACACCGCCCUCAUGUACUCGUCGAUCCUCACCGGCCUUGUGCUGCUCCUCUUCGGCCUCGUCAAGAGCCACAUCACCGGCGCCGCCCAUGGCUUCGGCUCGUACGCCUGGGGCGCCAUCUCUACCCUCUUGGUCGGUGGCGCGGCUGCCGCGAUCGCAUAUGCCGUCGUCGCCGCCCUCGAGCCUCAAGCUUGA